AUGGAGCUCGCUCCCGUGGCCCUGACACUCCUGCUUGCAGCACUUGCCGCCGCCGCUGACACCACGCCCGUCAACAAGUCCUGCGUCACCGGCAGCGCCGGCGCCUCCGUGAGCAUCGGGUACGGCGGGGCCGGGGCCAGCGCGGGCGUCGGCGUGUCCCUCGGCGCCGACGCGUACCGGUCUGACUGCCCCCUCGCCGAGGAGAUCGUCCGCGCGGCCGUCGACGAGGCCAUCGCCGCCGACUCACGCAUGGCUGCGUCCCUCCUCCGCCUCCACUUCCACGACUGCUUCGUCAAUGGUUGCGACGGCUCCGUGCUCCUGGACGACACGCCCUUCUUCGUCGGAGAGAAGACGGCGGUACCGAACGCCAACUCGCUGAGGGGGUUCGAGGUGGUCGACGCCAUCAAGGCCCAGCUCGAGCAGGCGUGCCCGGAGACCGUCUCCUGCGCCGACGUCCUCGCCAUCGCCGCGCGCGACUCCGUCGUAGCUUCUGGUGGACCGAGCUGGCAGGUGGAAGUCGGCCGGAAGGACAGCCGCACGGCGAGCCUCCAGGCCGCUAACAGCAACCUCCCCGCGCCGACUUCCGGCGUCGCCACUCUCGUGCAGAAGUUCACCAACGUCGGCCUCUCCGCCAAGGACAUGGUCGCCCUCUCCGGCGCGCACACCAUCGGGAAAGCUCGGUGCACGACGUUCAGCGCGCGCAUCGCCGGGGUCGGCGUCUCGGCCGGUUCCGCCAACAAGGACAUGGGCUUCCUGCAGUCGCUGCAGCAGCUCUGCGCGGGGUCGGCGGGCUCGUCGGCGCUCGCGCACCUGGACCUGUCCACGCCAGCCACCUUCGACAACCAGUACUACAUCAACCUGCUCUCCGGCGACGGCCUGCUGCCGUCCGACCAGGCGCUGGCCUCGCCCGCUGGCGCCGAGGACGUCGCGGCGCUCGUUGCCGACUACGCGUUCGACGCGUCGCUCUUCUUCGACGACUUCGCGGCCUCCAUGCUGAGGAUGGGGAGGCUGGCGCCGGGUGGAGGCCGCGCCGCCACCGAGGUCCGCCGCAACUGCCGUGUCGUCAACUAG